CCCUCUACAUCAACACCCUCAUCUUCCUCCUCAUUUUGCACUCCAAACGUUCACAAAUCUCCGGCAACAAUGACUACCUACGGCACCAUUCCAACCGCCUCAACCGGCGCCACCAAUCUCGAAUACCUGACCCGCGCAAAACAAGCCAUUAAAACCGGCCUGGGCACUCGCCAGCCAUGGAAACUAAUGUUCAAUCUAGCCUCAUUUAACUUCCCACACACCAUCUCCGAAGCGACUCCACGGUUCAAAACAAACAUAAACUACUUCCGAAUGAACUACGCGAUAAUAAUGCUAAUAAUAUUAUUCCUAAGCCUGUUAUGGCACCCGAUAUCAUUGAUCGUGUUAGGUGUGUUGAUGGCAGCAUGGUUGUUCUUUUACUUCCUUCGCGAUGAGCCGCUGAUGGUUUUUAACCGCGUGAUUGAUGAUGGUGUGGUGUUGACGGUUCUAGCGGUUGUAACCAUCGUUUUGCUGUUGUUUACGGACGCUACAAAGAAUAUAUUGUCUUCGGUUGUUGUUGGAGCGGCGGUUGUGGUUGUUCAUGCGGUUUUGAGGCGGACGGAUGACUUGUGUGAUGAUGAUGUUGAAGCGGGUGGUUAUGCGGUUGGUUCUUCGUCGUAGAAGGUAGUUUCUCGGUUUUUUCGGUGUGAUAAAUUGGUGAUCUGUGUUUAUUUGUUAAUUUCCACAUCUGUUUGUUUGGAUUUUUGAACAGAAAUUACCUCUGUAUCUAUGUGUGUUGUUUAUAUGAGAUUCAAUUUGUACACCAAACUAAAAUUUGACUUUGAUAGAAUAAUUCAAACAUUUGCUAUAA